GAGGACGCCAUGCUGCCGAGGACGCUCCGGCCGCUGGCCAGCGCUCGCGGCCUAAGCCGAGGCUUCACCAGAGCCACCGCUCCGGUCGCCUCUCCCACCAAGCGGGCCCGGCCUGCGGAGGAGGGCGCCGUGCGGCUCCGCUUUGCCAAGCUCUCGGGGCACGCCACAGCCCCGACCCGGGGGUCCGCGCGGGCGGCGGGCUACGACUUGUACAGUGCCUAUGACUACACAGUCCCACCCAUGGAGAAAGCCCUGGUGAAGACAGACAUUCAGAUCGCUGUGCCUUCUGGGUGUUAUGGAAGAGUAGCUCCACGCUCUGGCUUGGCUGCAAAACACUUCAUAGAUGUAGGAGCUGGUGUCAUAGAUGAAGAUUACAGAGGAAAUGUUGCUGUUGUUCUCUUUAAUUUUGGCAAAGAAACAUUUGAAGUCAAAAAGGGCGAUCGAAUUGCACAGCUCAUUUGUGAGCGGAUUUUUUAUCCAGAAAUAGAGGAAGUUCAAGCUUUGGAUGACACUGAAAGGGGCUCAGGGGGCUUUGGCUCCACUGGAAAGAACUAAGACUUAGGCCAAGAAUUGAAAAUGUACCUUCCAUUAGUAUUGUUUCUCCCUUCGUGAAAUAAAGAGUUUUCCCUCAAA